AUGGGUUUUCACAGUGCAGCAGAGGAAUCGAGCGACCUCACCAUUGGGAAGAACGAUGAAAGGAGGAAAAAUGGCCACCAAGAAGGUGAUCAAAAAGGUGGUGAAAAAGGCAGUCAAAAAGGCGGUCAAAAAGGCAGUCAAAAAAACCAUCAAAAAGGUGGCCAAAAAGGUGAUCCAGAAGGCCAUCAAAAAGGCGAUGAAAAAGGUGGUCAAAAAAAUGACCUACAUGAUGAGCGAAAGAACGAAGCGAAGGUCACGCAGAGGAUGAAGACCACCUCCAGGCAGAGCCACAGAGUGAAGCCACCAGGUGGAAGCACCACAAAAAUGCCAAAUGAAACUGACUUCAGAGAGAGGACGAAGAAACACUACCUAGACAACGUCGACAAGACACUACAGAAGCGCAACAUCGACUGCGUAAGUUACGUGUACAAAAAUAUGAACGACCAGACGACCUCGAAAAAUGCUACCAACAGGGUCAAAUUUGGUGGGGGAGAAGGUAGGGUGGAUGCCGUUCGGAAAAUGUUGCUCUUCGAAAAACGUCCAAAAAAAAAUGUGACCAUUGGAGCCAGUCGUAGUUGUAGUAGCGCAGCCACGGGGGACGAUGGUUCUUGUUCGAAGGACGACGAGACCGUCCAGUCGAUUAUCUACUCCACCUUCGUCAACACAAAGUUGAGACAAACUCAGAACCACGCUACGGAAACGAAUAGUAAGCCGAAAAAGGGAAAACUAGCCAAACAAGCACCAGGAGCAGGAGGGAAGAACAAAACUCGCACUUAUACCAAUAGUGGGCAAAGAUUCCAUGCCAAACAAAGUGAAGUCAACCCAGAUGGGACAAAACAGACUGUAGAUGCGUAUAGAGAAAACCUAACUGCAGCAGUGAAGAAAAUAGUCUACACCGAUAAGUCCGUAGAAAUAACAGAAUCAAAUGAAGAACUAAAAAACCUGUCAAAUGAUGGAACCUUUUUAUAUGAACAAGUCAUAUCAGAGAGAGAGAAAAAAAAAAAAGUGAAUUACACUCAAACGAGUACCCUCUACCAGGAGGAAGAAAUAAAAAUCUUCGCAAAAUAUAUGGCCAAGCAAAUUGUGAACGAAGCUACCAUUCAGCUUACCUAUGAGGAAAAUGUAAAAGCAAUGGAACAAAAGGAAAAGGCUGUUCAAUUAAACCAUCAGAAGAAUAUGCAGACGUAUUCGCACCUCACUGAUUUUCAGCGGGACAACUUGGGGGUCAUGGCUGACGGGGCCGAGCUCUCCAGGUGCCUCCACAUCUUCAGCAAAAUAAACACCUUCGGGGUUUCCGGGAAUCUUAUAAAUUCCCUUUUGAGGAAAAACGUCGAAGAGGUGAAGGAGCAGAACCACGGACCGAACAAUCGAGGCCAAAUCGAAUGGCACAACCAAGUCACAAAACAUCUGCUCAAAAACACCAUCGCCUUUGUAGCCACGGAAAAGAUCGUGUCCUACAUCGCGGAAGAACUCAUCGAAGAUUGCAUCUUAAAUUUCUUCCGCAUGGAUAAAAGAGACGUGGACAUACUAAGUGCCAACUUGGACGAUCACAACAUUUCUCUCUACGAACGGAGACGAAUGGAGAGCGGCCACUUCAAUUUCGUCCUUUCGAGUGGAAACCUUAACGUGAACAUCCCCGUGCACGUGAAGAAGCACAUGAGUUUGGAAGACCUCUUACGGAUGAUAAAAAAUCACAUAAAAAAAAAACAGAACUUUUUACUGAAGGAAUACAAGCUGGACUUCCUGUGCAUACGGGACGGCACCCGCAACAUCUCGAGCAUCCACGAUCUGCUGUCCUCCGAGUCCAACCAGUUCACCAUCUGCUUAAAUAAAAAGGAAGGAGAGGUCAUACCAACUGGCUAG